AAAUGGCCCACUAAGAUUUCUGUUGACGGGCGAAGCCCUUGACUCCAGUCAAGCCAUACCAUUUGGGGACAGUAUUGAAUUCUAGGGGUUUUUCUCAGAAUCUGGAUCUCUCAAUUAUACAAUCUUGUUUCGGCCUAGAAUCUGAUUAUCGGAUUUGCGAUCUUCUUUGGAUUGGACUACAAUAUCUCUACUUUUCAACGGAUUGAGUUAUUUUUCCCCUUUAUCGAUGUAACUGAUCGCAAUCAUUCAGUUCUUCGUGUUGAUAAUAAAUGGAGGAUAGUUCUGUUUGCUGUACAUCCGGAAAUUCGAAAGCUAUGUGUUAUGGUAGUGCUUCCUCUGGAGAUGAUGAUAGAGUAGAGGGGUUGGUGGGUCAGCUGAGGAUCAAUGAUGGGAACAGAGCAGACACAACAGAUUGUGUAGAGAGGUAUUACAUUAACGAGGAAGAUGAAGAGGAAGAAGAUGAAGAUGAUUUAUCCGAAGAAGCAUUAUUGGCUCAAAUGGGGUAUGUAAAAUCCGACCCCAGCAUAGAUAAUGAGGAAGAGGUGGAUUUGUCAGAGGAUUCAGUAUUGAUAAAGGAUGAAGCACACAAACACAAACCUAUUAAUAUACCAACAGCUGAAUUGAAUCUGGUUUCGGCCCUUAGAGGAAGUCGCGAGAAAGAGGGAAGGCCGGCAGAGGAAUGCCGGGUUUCAUGGGCGCCAGACGUAUACGACCCUCCUUGUACAUCUGAUGAUCAUUUUGCAGUGAGCAAGAAUGAGAGACACAGGAGCGAGCAGAAGGGCAAGGGGAGGAACAGGCAAAAGGCGGGUGGAAGCGAAGGAGGCGGCGCAAAGGCAGCUGGAGGAAGUAAAAAUAAGAAAAAGGCUGAGAAGAAACAUAAGAAGCACGGCCAUAAGUAUUCUGAUCCUGCUUCAUCUCUGUCGAUUACAUUUGAGAGUCACACGAUCAACCUACAACUCUCUAAUCGCAUACACUACAAACGAAGCUGGACGGCGUUGAUUGCAACGGCUAUCUCCGGUGCAAUAAUCCUGUGCGACGCGAGCAUGAACAGAUGCGGGGUGCGGACCAAUCAAUGUGAUGACGCGUGGUGCAUAGAUAAGUGGAGAUGGAGAAUGUGGGUUGGGGGUAGAUGGCAAUAUUCACCUACAAAUGAGGAAAGUUUGUUAUUUUGAGAGGAUUGGAUGAUG